UAAGACCAAUAAUUAACAAAGGGAUAGGUGAAAUGUUCAAAAAUAGCAGAACAAACUAAGGCAGCAAUUAAAAGUGUUUAAACAUCACCACUGCUGACAAAAAUUUUGAGUCAAUAAAGUAGUUUUACUCCUUGUGUAAGAGAAAGGCCCUCUGGUCUGAAAAGCAGAAUGGUGAGUUCCACAUUAUGAAGGAAAAAAUACUCAUAAUUCAGGACGGAUGAAAAUACUGUCAGAGUUGGCGGAGACUCUAUGGUUCAGAGUGACAGCAGGACAGGGAGACUUCAGAUCUGAGUGUAACCACAGCAUGCUUGCAGCAGGUUUAAAGCUCAGUUCUCACAUUGGUGACCUGUUUCCUCUUCCCCCACACAGAUCACGUGAGCCCCUGCAAGCUCUUCUGCCUCUGCUGUCGCAGGACAUGUUUUGGGUGCUGUGCCGCCGUCACUCAGACGAGAACUUGAUGCCCUCUGACCAACAUCAUGAAGCACCCUGUGAUGGUGGUCGUCCUCGCGGCUGUCUUGUCCGUCACCGGUCAAAGUGGGACAGAAGUGACCGGGAUCCUGGGCUCCAGCAUCACACUACAGUUCCACUUCAGCACCACCGUGAUGGAUGUUAAGUCUUUCACUAUUCAUGUGAGAGACAGUCAGAGUGUCAGUGGGAUGAAGAAGAUUGCUCAGUGUGAUGUGGCAAGGAGAAGCUGCUCAGGAAUGGAAGUUAAUGACAUUUACAUAAAAAACAACUCAGUUUUUUGCCAAAUCUCACGUCUGACUGAACAUCAGUCCAACAUCUACUGGGCCACUUAUCAGUCAGACCUCAGAUCAAUAGACAGUGAUGAAGUUCAUCUGAGCGUCCUGCAGCAGAGCAGCAGUCCCACUGGUCAAAAUGGGAAAGAAGUGACUGGGAUACUGGGCUCCAGCAUCACACUACAGUUCCACUUCAGCACCACCAUGAUGGACGUUAAGUCUUUCACUAUUCAUGUCAGAGACAGUCAGAGUGUCAGUGGGAAAAAGAAGAUUGCUGAGUGUGAUGUAGCAAGGAGAAGCUGCUCAGGAAUGGAGGUUAAUGACAUUUACAUAAAAAACAACUCCGUUUUUUGCCAAAUCUCACACCUGACUGAACAUCAUUCCAACAUCUACUGGGCCACUUAUAAGCCAAAAGCAAGAGCGAGGGCGAGUGAUGGAGUUCAUCUGAGCGUCCUGCAGCAGAACAGCAGCACCACUGAUUCACCUCAGCAGCCCGAGACUGGAACCAGCCCACCGGUCACAAAUAAAACCACAGAAAGUCAUACAAACACGAUAAUGUAUGUUGCUAUCGGGGGGGUGUCUGCCUUCCUAUUGGCUGCAUUGGUGUGUGUCAUCUGGUGUUUGGUGCGAAGCAAAGGUCGGAGACGAUCUUCACUCACCAUUCUGGAACCAGCUCAGGCGCCACCCGUCACCACCACCAAUGAACUGCCCUACAGUCUUCUGUACUUUUCUAACAGAACUCCAUCAACUUUAGAACUGAAUGCAAGGAUGAUGGAAUACGCCACUGUGCAGCAUCACACAGGAACCUUGAGAUGAUCACGGCUGUAAUGCGACUUCAGGGACUUCUGGUCAGAGCCAUGCAGUCAGUGUCUACAGAGUAUCGUUCGCGCCACAAAAGCAACAAUUCUGUCUGUAAUAUAGAUAUAAUAUCCAGGUGUUCAUGCUUUAUUAUGAGCUUAUAAUCGACGAGGAGAAGAAAGGAAAAGUCAACAUGCUAAAAUGAUAAAUAUUGUAGGUUAACAAUAGCAUGUUUACAUUUGUCCAUCAAAAAGGUAACUCUCUUAGUUUCCUCUGCGUGGGAAUUGAUAGUGUUCUGUCGUAUCUUUGUUUCGGAGAUGCGUGCGAUCAGCACAUAAAUGGUCUGUGGGAGUGAAAUGAGGUUAUCACCUCUACGUUCUUUCCCCUGCUUGUGUGGUCAGACACUGACUUGAAGUUUCGGUUCUGCAAGUCUCAGCAGGGCUUCACCUCUCAAGGUACCAAAUGAGUUUCAGUUCACUGUCAUUUCAGUGGAUGAGUAUAGAGCUAUUCUACGCAAGUAAAACUAAAAAUGAUUAAAUAACAUGAAAGUAAAGUAUGUAUGCAAAAAUUGCCCAUUGAUUUGCUUCUUUAAAUGUCACAUUUUUGAUUUACUGGUGUGGAGAAAUAGGAGCAGUAAAAGGGGCCUUAUUGUAUUUGUCCUUUUCUUCCAGUAAUCCCACCAUACGCACUAAUAGAGCAGCAUCACAAUACAUCAUUAGAAUUUACAAAAUGGCGUCCUCAAAUUUCACUUCCGCACUUUCAGCUGCUGGGCCAUAGAGCCUGAGAGACACACACUUUGGAGAAGGCGGGUUACAUUAGGUCACUCUUAUUGGCUCUUGUUUGAUUCCAUAAAAAGCAGAGCAUCAUCAACGAACCUUGUAAAUA